AUAUCUCCAACACUUUGAUUAUCCCGUGACUUUUAUCUGCGCAUUAGACGCACCAUCUUUUCUUUUUUAAGUUAGCAAUGAGAAGCUUUGUUUGAAAAACUAAUACCUAACAUAUAAAGAUAAAACAGCUAGUCUAGUAAGCUGUUUACAACAAUUAAAACCAAACUAAGUGUCACAAUUUGGACCCAAAGUAUUUUUAUAGUAGCUAAAUAUUUACCAUAUUUGAAACGUUUUCAUACCAACUUUUUAUUUUUCAGUUUGCUUAUUUUUGUUAAGCUCAACCGUUCAUCCCCGUUGCCAAUAUUAUAUAUAUAUAUAUAUAAUUCAUGAGGGAAAUAUAAAGUUAUCAGAACCAACAUUUGGUCCCAAGCUAACCUGAACUACAAUAUUUGGUUAUUGAAUCAUACAAACCCAAGUUUCAUACCAUGUUGCAGUCCUCAUAGUUCCUAUGUUAUUGACUCUGAGGUUAAUGAUCUGCAGUGGCUCUGUUCAGUAGUGUAGAGUAGCAGAUGUUAGAUGUCUUGUCCUGCUGCACUACAUUCCCCACAAUGCAUCUGUGCAGGCGGCGGUCCCACCUGUCUGUCCAGGUAGAGGAGGAAGCAAAGCGAGCACAGAGAGCAGAGCAGAGCUGAAGCAUGGAGCGAGAGGAUCCUCAGAACGACUCCUUCGACUUCCUCUUCAAGAUCAUCCUCAUCGGGGACUCCAACGUGGGCAAGACCUGCCUGGUGCACAGCUUCAAGAGCGGCCUGUUCUCCGAGACGCAGCAGAACACCAUCGGUGUGGACUUCACUGUGCGCACGCUCACCAUCGACGGCCGCCGAGUCAAGAUGCAGGUGUGGGACACGGCAGGACAGGAGCGCUUCCGCACCAUCACACAGAGCUACUACCGCAGCGCUCACGGGGCCAUGAUCGCCUACGACAUCAGCCGCAGGGACACUUUCGACUCCGUGCUACGCUGGCUCCACGAGCUGCAGCGAUUCGGGGCCGCCAACGUGCUCACCGCGCUCAUAGGUAACAAGCGUGACCUGGAGGCGGAGCGGCAGGUGCAGUUUGCAGACGCCUGUAAGCUAGCGGAGGAGCAGGGCAUGCUAGCAGCUCUGGAGACGUCAGCGAGAGAGAAGCAGAGCGUGGAGGAGGCGUUCAUAAUGAUGGCGCGACAGCUGCUGCAGCAGAACGGCCUUUGUGUCACGCCGGACACGGACACACAUGUGUUACUGCGCACUAACUCUCGCGCUGUGGUCAGCGGGCCGUCGCUAGCAGAGCACCAGAAACAACAGCCCUGCCAGUGCUGAUCACAACACAGGGGGCCGUCCACUCAGAGCGCAUGCUUGCAUUACAAAGCACUGCUUUACAUUCUUUAUGUAUACAUACUAUGACUGGUGCAUUGCAUCUUGCAUAUGAGUGUCACGGUUUAUUUUUUUGUUGUUUGCCUUUAUUAGGACUAGAAGUGAGGUCGGACACAGAGGGGGGUGGAAUCGGGAAAGUCGGGAUGCAGAAGCGUAAUGGCGCUAUAUGUUAGCGCACUGCCCAGAGCAUCGCGUUUUUUUAAGAACUUCAACUUUUACACACAGAGGACCAAUGAGAAGACCCUGAAGGCUGAGCAAGCAUUGCAAGCUUUUCUAUACUGUAGCAGGUUGGCAUGGCUGGCAACUGUGUUAUAAAAAAAAAAACAGCCAAGAUGUUCAUAAACUCUAAAAACUUGUGUGCGCAAUUGAAUAGGACCAACUUUAUUGUCUGACAAGAAAAAAUGUGCAUAAACUUAAAUGGAAACCUUUAGUGAGUAUGGGUCACCAUACUUGGCUGAAUGUCACUUUCACUUUCAUUUGACAGCAACAUGGCAGAGGAGUUUUUCCGAAACCCUUGCUGGUGCUGCGUCUCACGUUUUAUGCGUUAUCUCACGUUUAGUGUUUCUGCUUGCACGUUUCCUCUGAAUAAAUGAAGUCACUGCCGUCAACACUGAAGAAAACAAUCCCAAUACAUCUGAAGAGUUUUAUUAAUAUUAAAAAUUACUAUUUAUCGAACAUCAGUGUGUUUUGCUAUAGUGUGCUGGAAUAUUAUAAUAUUAUAAAUGUGAUGUAAUUUACAGUUUACACAGUGAUUUUAUUUGAACAGACUGUUGUUAUUUUUGAAUCUCUAGUGAAUGCAAGUUAAAUCGAGGAUGUUUGCGCUGGAAAAAGAGAUGCUCGCACCGAAGAAGAGCAUCAGUUUCUGUGCCGCAGUGACGUUGUUUUGCACACAUCUGGAUAAACGUCUCUAUAAAUGUUCUCCGUCUCAGUGGAUGCUCAUGUCUAACACACAGGAAGUGACUGAUGUUCAUCAGCUGACAGCAGAGCCACAUGAAGACCAGGAAUGGAUCACAGAUUUCCUCUAUCCAUUUGACAAUAGCCAUGUUCCCAUUCACCUAUUUUUAUGCACAUUUUGGAAUAUUGCAUAAGAAAAAAAAAAACAGCCAAGAUGUGCAUAAACUCUAAAAACUUGUGUGCGCAAUUGAAUAGGACCAACUUUAUUGUCUGACAAGAAAAAAUGUGCAUAAACUUAAAUGGAAACCUUUAGUGAAUAAACUCCCCCAUGCUUAUCUAAAGGCAUGUAAUGGGAUAACUGGACUAACCAGCAGACCGAUCUCAUUCACAGCAUCUGAAACACCUUGAGCAACGUCUGUUGUCAGAGUAUUUCUGUAUAAUUGUUGCACGACUGCGUUCCCGAACAGCUGGCACUGCAUUCAUUGUGUUCAAUAAAGUCAUUCAUCAUAUAUGAAAAUGAUUAUAUUCCGUGGCUUAUCCUAGUUUUCUGAGUGAUCUUUAGAGCCAGUUUAUCAGGAGUGAUGAUUUUGUCUCUUUGACUCAUUGGAUGGAAACAGUGUUUUAUUCACACGUGUUUUAUGCAAUGUUACAAUUUUGAGCACAUUUGUGGAUGGAAACAUGGCUAUUGAACGUCUGAUUUAGUUCAGUUUUCUAUCGGUUUAUUUCGUUUAGAUGUUUGUAUUGUAUUAUUUUGGGGCUACGUGUGCUUGAUUUUACAUUUAUUAAAAUAAAUUGAUGAUUGUUCAUGUUUAAUGAA